GUUUGCAGAGCACCUUAUGCAUCUUGUAUUUGUCUGGAAAUCGGCUUAUGGUCGUUUCUGAGGGUGUGUUUGACCACUUGGUGAAUCUGCAAAAGCUGUAUUUGAGUGAGAAUCAGUUACAGGCUCUACCCGCCCGGAUCUGUGACAAACUAAUAAAACUGACUAUCUUGAGUCUGCACAUCAACUACCUUCAGGCUCUACCUGCCGAGGUGUUUGACUUCAUCGUUUAUUUGAAGAUAUAUUUGUAUAAAAAACAGCUAAUGUCUCUCCCCGCCGGGGUGUUUGACCGCCUGGUGAAUCUGAAGGAGCUGCAUUUGUACGGCAACCAGCUGACAGCUCUACCCGUUGGGCUGUUUGACAGAGUCACCCAGCUGACUCAUUUGAAGCUUUCUGGCAACCAGCUGCAGGCUCUUCCCGAGGGGGUGUUUGACCGCCUGGUGAAUCUGCAGCGGCUGUGGUUGAACAACAACCAGCUGACCUCUCUCCCCGCUGGGGUGUUUGACAAACUCACACAGCUCACUCACAUAGUGCUGAGCACCAACCAGCUCAGGAGCGUUCCCCAGCGCGACUGAUGGAGGCGCUGAAGCCAGAUUGAAUUUGCAAAUAGCUGAAAAUUAAAGGUCACGUUUACAAAUGCCCAUUGCGUUGGACAUAUUACACACAUACAG